AUGGUGGAAAGCCAUGAUCCAGUCCAUAGGGAAAGCGUCCUGUAUAAUAAGAAGUGGUAUAAGUUUGUGGACCUGAUCAAGGAGACGUAUUUUCCUCCUUAUGAAGUUGAGAAAGUGGAGUCUGAUUUCUUGACUCUCAGCAUAAAGAACCUGGACUGUCGGAAAUAUGUGUCUGACUACAACUCAUUAUCCAGAUUGGUUCCAUAUUUGAUCACUCCCGAGUCUAAGCGCAUUGCUUGUUUUAGUAGUGGAUUAGCACCAGAAAUCAAGGGCAUGGUUAAAGCAUCCAAGCCCACUACUUUUAGAUCUGCUAUAAAUCUAUCUCUUUCACUCACUCAGGAUGAAGCGAGGUUCAAGCCAAAGAAAGGAAAAUUUGGGUUCGAUAAGAACCAGCAGAGGUCGGAUGAUAGACCUGUUUGUAAAACUUGUGGGAGACGACACUGGGGACAGUGUCAGACUAACCAACAGUCAAAGCAGUGUGGUAUCUGCAAGAAGACUGGUCAUCAGUCCCAUGAGUGCAGGGACUUAAAGAAUGUUGUUUGCUUUGGAUGUGGCGAGAAGGGUCACAUAAAGACUAAUUGCCCUAAACGAGCUACCGAGGGUAAUGUGAAGCCUAGGGAAGCAAAGAAACCGAAUGCAAGAGCUUUUCAGCUAACUGCAAGAGAAGCAGUCAAUGAUGCAAAUGUCAUUACAGGUACGUUUCUCGUUAAUGAUAUAUUUGCUAGAGUUCUAUUUGAUUCUGUAGCUGAUAAAAGCUUUGUAGAUCAUAAGUUUAGUAAACUACUAAACCUACCCCUAAGAGCUUUAGAUAUUAAUUACGAAGUUGAAAUGGCUGAUGGUAGUAUAGAAAUAGCCUCCACGAUUCUUGAUGGAUGUGUUAUAUCCAUUAAGAACAUUCCUAUCUCUGUUAAUCUUUUGCCAAUCAAUUUGGCGGGGUUCGAUAUAGUUUUAGGCAUGGAUUGGUUAGCUCAUAACCAAGCCCGUAUUUCCUGCGAUAAGAAACUUAUCGAAAUUAAAUCCAUGUCCGAUGAAGUACUCACCAUUCGUGGAGAUCAACACUAUGGAUUGCCCGAGAAGGUGUCUCUACUUAAGGCAUCCAAGUAUUUUAAAGGAGGAUGUGUCAUCUACAUGGCACAAAUGACGAUUGAUGAUCCGAAGCCAAAGAUUGAAGACAUACAAGUCAUCUCAGAAUACCCAGAUGUGUUCCCAGAAGAUUUACCCAGUCUACCCCCAGAGAGGCAAGUUGAGUUUAGGAUCGACAUCUUGCCUGGAUCCACUCCUGUAGCUAGAGCUCCAUACCAAUUAGCACCAACUGAAAUGAAAGAAUUGAAGGCUCAACUAGAUGAGCUAUUGGAGAAAGGCUUUAUUCAGCCUAGUUCCUCGUCUUAG